AUUUUCCUAAAUAAAAAUAAGACUUUUUGAAUCUGUGCAGCAUUUACAAGAAACGGCUCAAGCGACCAAGACUAGAGAACGUGACGUCACGAUGUAUUAUAUGUACUGUGUUGUCCAUUGGUCUUGUCAUUCCGAAAAAGAUUUUGGCGCGUUUUAUUCUCAGAUUUCAUUAAUAUUUAUUUGAUUAUUUCGUGUCCAAAGUGCACUUUACCGGAAAAAACAUGGAAAUUGGUUUUAUUAAAGCUGACAGUGCAAAUUUGCCAAAAAUUGAUUCUUUUAUGAUCGCAAAUUUCUUUGCCUCAAACCCGGACUUUUGUUCUGCAGAAUUUAGGAACGUGAAAACUUCAUUAUCAUCAAGACAGUCGUAUGGUGAUGAUGCCAUUGGGUACGUCCAAUUGAAGCGUGACGCGACUUUGUGCACUGUGAAAUGUAAAAUAUGUCCUGAGCACAAAGUCCGAUGUCCAUCAUAUUCUGUGAGCUUGGUAGUAGAAGAAAAAGAGGGCAUAGUUAUAAGUGUCCAGUGCCAUAACUGCCCUGCUUCACAAGGAGGAUGUAAACACGCGGUAGCUUUCCUUAUGUGGGCACAUCGGAGGAGUGAGGAACCACCAUGUACAUCAAUAAAAUGUUAUUGGAAAAAAUCAAAGUUAGCAAAAGUAGGAAGCACCUUGAAGUACACAACAAUUAAAGAAAUGAAGGGAAAUUCUUCUUCAACAUGUAAAGAGUUUGGUGAUGUAGUUUUAGAGGAUUUUUUGGUUGAAAGCAAAAGAAGGAAUUUAUGUACAGCUCAAAUCCUAAAACAUCAAGCUGAUUACAAAGUGCCCGACAUUCUUCAGUUCUCAAUGCAUUAUUUAAGCAUCAAACAUAAGAAAGGAAGUAACUGUGAAACAUUUUAAGCCAAAA